AUCACCAAAGGCCUGGUGCGUCGCACCGCGGUCGACGGCGUCGUGUUCGUCACGUGGGCGAACAACCACUACAAGGAUUUCGCGAGGUUCUGGACGAUGCGGCUCAAGUCGCUCGGCCUGACGAAUUUCAUGGUCGGCGCGAUGGACGACGAGUUGUACCGGUACAUGACCGAGAUGGGCGUCGCGACGUGGCACAUGGGAAGCAAGGGCAUCGAAAAGGACGCGGUCAAGAAGGACUUUGGGUGGGGAUCGCAAAAUUUCCACAAGAUGGGCAGAGACAAGAUCAGGCUCAUCCGAGACUUCACCAAGGUGGAGGGCAUCUCGGUUCUCAUCUCCGACAUCGACGUGGCGUGGCUGCGUGAUCCCACGCCGUUCUUCAAGCGGUACCCCAGCGCCGACAUCCUCGUCUCCACCGAUCUCCUGCGAUCGGAGAUCGCGCUGGACCCGCCCCUGCAGACGCCCCAUCUGGUCGACGGCGAGGGGCUCGAGUUUCACGUGUGCCACGCCGCGUCGAACAUCGGCAUAAUGUGGUUCCGUCCCACCAGGGGCAGCCAGCAGCUCACCGAGGAGUGGGUCCGGCGCAUCGAGGCGGACGAUAAGCUGUGGGAUCAGAACGCCUUCAACGACUUGAAAGCGCUGGCGGGGGCUUGCGCGUACAGGCCCGACGGAACCGGAUUGACGGAUACGGCGUUCGGCGGCCGGGUGACGAUGGGGACGCUGCCCGUCUCUCAGUUCAGCAACGGGCACACGUUCUACGCGCAGCGGCUGCACACCCAGGUGGGGCUGGAGCCGUACGCGGUGCACAACACGUUUCAGUUUGGCGGGACGCCGGGUAAAAGGCACAGGGCUCGCGAGGCCAACGCGUGGCUCGGGGACGAGGAGAUCAACUACUUUGACGGCGAUCCGGAGCUUCCGGAAAAGGGCAUGUUCAUGUCGUACACCCCGAGGAUACCCAGCGCCGAGGCGGAAAUCGUGCGAAAGAACAAGGAGCUGGUGUCGUUCCAGAUCAAGCAGAUCAAGACAGCCGCCGCGAUUGCACAAAAGCUGGGCAGGACGCUGGUGCUGCCCCCGAUCCUGUGCGGCCUGGACCGCGUGUGGUUCCCGCACUACGGCAGGUUCCCGGGAUCCGCGUUCGCGUUGCCGUUCGUGUGCCCAGUGGACCACGUCAUCAACAUGGACCUGGCCGACGCGUCCAAAUUCCGCGAGUGGACGUUUUACUCGCACCCGGAGUUUCCGGCGGAGAUGCGCGAGUCGGUCGCCACGGUCGAGGUC